GGCGGGGUGCGCGCCGGGACACGAGCCGCGGGCGCGUUGGCGCCCAGACGGCGGUGGCCGCCCGCGCGGUCCCGCCUGAGUGCUCGCGGCGCCGGCCACCGGCCCCUCCGCACCCGCCAUGCCGUCGCCCGCGCCUCCCACCGAGCUGGUGCCAUCGGAGCGCGUCGUGGUGCUGCUGUCCUGCGCGCUCUCCGCGCUCGGCUCCGGCCUGCUGGUGGCCACGCACGCCCUGUGGCCCGACCUGCGCAGCCGGGCGCGGCAACUGCUGCUGUUCCUGUCGCUGGCGGACCUGCUCUCGGCCGCCUCCUACUUCUACGGGGUGCUGCAGGACUUCGAGGGCCCCUCGUGGGACUGCGUGCUGCAGGGCGCGCUUUCCACCUUCGCCAACACCAGCUCCUUCUUCUGGACGGUGGCCGUCGCCCUCUACCUGUACCUCAGCAUCGUCCGCGCGUCGCGCGGGCCCCGGGACGGCCGCCUGCUCUGGGCUUUUCACGUCGUCAGCUGGGGGGUCCCACUGGUCAUCACCGUAGCAGCCGUGGCCCUGAAGAAGAUCGGCUACGACGCCUCGGACGUGUCAGUGGGCUGGUGCUGGAUCGACCUGCAGGCGGAGGACCGCGUGCUGUGGAUGCUGCUGACCGGGAAGCUGUGGGAGGGGCUGGCCUACGUCGCGCUGCCGGUGCUCUACCUGCUGGUCCGGAAGCACAUCAGCAGAGCGCACGAGGCGCUCUCUGAGUACCGGCCUCUCCUCUCUGAGGCACACCGGUCCCAGCACCACACCUCUGUGGCCGAUAAGAAGCUGGUUCUUAUCCCGCUCAUCUUCAUCUGCCUCCGGGUCUGGAGCACUGUGCGAUUCGUCCUGACCCUCUGUGGCUCCCCUGCAGUGCGGACACCAGUGCUGGUCAUUCUGCACGGCAUCGGGAACACCUUUCAGGGGGGUGCCAACUGCAUCAUGUUCGUGCUCUGCACCCGCGCCGUCCGAAACCGGCUCUGCUCUCUCUGCCGCUGCUGCUAUUCUCGGCCUUUGGCUGAGAGGCCUGUUCCCCAGGCUCCUGCGUCCUCCAAGGCAGGAGAAUCUCAGGGACCCAGACGGACCCCAGGUGAACCUCCAAGCACCUGAGCUUCUCUCUUCCCAGUUCUGUGUGUAGGUGCUGCCGGCCUGGGGACAGGCGGUCCUGGGUGCCUCUGCUGCAGGGAGCCGGGUGACAUCUGCCACACUGAAAACCUGCUUUUGAAGCUCUUGACCCCUGGUGGGGGCACAGCCACAGACUCAGCUUUUUCUACCUCCUAGACCCUCAGGCGACACAUGUCCACUCACACCCAAGUCUUGCUGCACCGGGGGCAUCUGUCUGCACCAGGGUUGGCAGGGAGAGCCAGGGAACACAGCUGUACGUGCUCAUUGCCAUGCUGCCUGCUGGCCUACUGGUCUUUGGCCUCUUGACCACUCAGCACUGCUUACAGUUUGAGGGACCCACACCUGCGGGAAAAGAGCGAAGAGAUAUGUACACUAUGCAUCCAUCCUCAAUAAAAUGUCGGGGGUUCCAGAGAUGUGUCCCCCAGCUAGAUAUCAUGGGCAGACCCCUGGUUUGCAGGGUGUUGAGAUUCCCUGGAGAGCUUGGCUUUUCUUGGGUGGCUUUGCUGGUCAACAGAAGAGCCCAUUACCUAUGACCAGGUGGAAGGUCCCUUUGAGGUUUCCUGGAGACUGUCAUGCUCACAGCCCAACACAGCGGCUCAAGGCAACACCGUUCUCUCUGAGGGUUGCCAACCCUUGAUGUAAAUAGUGUUUGAGUCUCAAGCACAGGCUAGAAUCCAGAGUCCUGCCUUCCCUAGGCCCUUAAAUACAGGUUCCCUCUUGCAGUGCAAGGGCUGGAGCAAGGAGAGGAAGAGGCUGUUGCAGGGAAUCCCUGCAGAAGCCGCUCCCGGGUCUGGGCUGGUGAAGGCAGAAGCGAGGGUGAGCAGGGAGCAGGAGUUGGCUGUUCUCUUCCCGGGAGAGGUGACCAGAGAGUGAAUGACCCAAGUACUGAUCCUUCCCUGGAGGUGAAGGUUUUGGGAGAUGGUUGCAUGGGGUGACUGCGUACAUUUAAAAGAAAAGGGGCUUCAAAUAAGCUUCUGUCCUCUAUAUUCUAUGGCUCUUCCACCAAUACUUCUGUGUAAUUUCAGAAAACAAUUUCUCUGUUAAGUCACAGACGCCACUGGCUAGGAACGGGAGGUGUAAAUGUCACUGAGGGUGUGGGGGGGGGGCAGGGCAGGAGGGAAAUGACAACUUUACCCGAUGGCAGCCUUCCCCUGGGUUCUGUCAGACCUCUGCAGAAUGGACAUGAUUUUCUGAACCCAUAAAAUCAGUCAGGUUUUAAAUCAACGCCUCACCAUCCUGUUGAUUCCUGUGUUACUCUCAGAAGCAGAAUCUGUAACGGGAAGAGAAUCUGAAAGGAAUAGUCAUUCAUAGAACCAGGCCCAAAUGCUCAUUUUUGGUUUCCUUUAAAGGAAAGUCUCUUUAUGAAAAUCAACAAGAGGUGGACAGCCUCUUAGGAUUCAAAGAAAGCACUGGGCUGCCCUACGGAAAGCUAUUUGGCAGUAAGGCGAUCUCCUUACAGAAAUGGACUAUGUCAGGGGAACUGGGUCUCCCCUAAAGCUGUUACAGCGGAUCACAUAGCUGGUAGACACCCUCAUGUGAGCUUCUAGAAUGGAGCAGAGAUGCAGGAAGUUGCUGCCUGCAAUGAAGAAAAUGAUCCACAGCUGAGUGAGAGUUUGGCCCCAGGGAAGUGCUGCUGUAAUAAAUCCUGCUCAGAAGGGGCCCAGGUUCCUGGGCUCUGCACGACAGGCCCAGACCUGGGUUUCCCAGGAGGCUGCGGUCAGGAAAGGCCUGCAGGGGGAGUCCAGGGCUCACAAGAGCACCCCUGGGUACCCAGGGAUCCCUCCAGCUCCUAUUCUGCUUGUCUGCUGCUUCUUUGGUAAAAACCACCCAAAAGUUACAGCUGGGGAUUUCCAUUGCAGCUUCCUCUACUGCCCACCUGGUCUCUGCAGGUGGAGACUGUGCGGGCAGGGGAGGGGCUUGUCCCAGCCCAGAAGCCAGGUCCCUUGAAGAACGCGGCUGAGUCUCUGGCCAGCCAGCCUUGAAAACAACAUCGCCUCUUUCUGAGAUCAAUCUGGCUGGGAAAGUCACAUUCAUAACUGAAGGAAUAUGGGAAUGAAGCCACGUCCCAAAAGUCCAGCAGGGGCUCUUGCUUCUGAUCCGAGCGAGACAAAGGUGUGUUCCUUUACCCUUUGCUCUGCCCCAGCGGGUUUCCUUCUCUCCUGUUAGUGUUGUUAAUGUUUACCUCCCUGCAUCCCCGGCUACGGAUGUGUGACAGCCUGAACCGGUGCUACGGCCUCAUUAUAGUGUGUUCACAGCCCAGAGCCCCUCUCUUCUCAGGCACUUUCGGAACUUUGGUAUUGUAAUCAGGUUUACCAGGCAUUUCUGCCUCUCUGUGCUUCUGAGGUGUUUUCGUUUGUUUUGUUUUUAAUGCAAGUAAUUAUCUGACCCAGGCUGAGGAUGCAAACAAACCUCUUCAUAUGUCCAUGACAAGAGAAAACAUUUUUACAAACUUCUGUUGUGACAUAACAACAUAGCGUGAAGUUGUUGUACACGUGCAAAACUCAAAAUUGUAAUGCAAGCCCUGGCCACCGGGGUUGAGGCCAAAGUCUUAUUAUUUAAAAUAAAAUAAAAUAAUUAUUUUUCA